GCUUCAAGCUAACGAAGCCUUAGUCAGCUAAGCCACUCCCGAUGCACCAAACGUAUUACGUAAUUGGGCUAUGAAACCUUGAAGCUGCUUAAGGCGUUGCCCCACAUUGUAACUUCACAUUGUACAUACAUACCCCCUAGUACAUACAAACGUAAUUGCAAGCAACCAGCGUCUUGCUGGCGAUUGCUUCACCCCACAUCACUCCUUAAAGACCAGACACAACUUCGGGACUCCAAGCUGCCCAAGGGCUACGCAUCAUGUCCCAAUCUCUCCGCCCGUAUCUCCAAUGCGUGCGGAGCACUCUUACGGCCGCGCUCUGUCUCUCCAACUUCGCCUCUCAGACUUCUGAACGUCACAAUGUCCCCGAAAUCGAAGCCCAAACCUCUCCUGAGGUUCUACUCAACCCGCUAGUCAUCGCACGUAACGAGAACGAGAAGGUCCUCAUCGAGCCGAGCGUCAAUAGUGUGAGAAUAAGCAUCAAGAUCAAGCAGGCAGACGAAAUCGAAAAUAUUCUAGUUCACAAGUUCACCCGCUUCCUUACUCAACGAGCCGAGGCCUUCUUCAUCCUUAGAAGAAAGCCAAUCAAGGGCUACGAUAUUUCCUUCUUGAUAACAAACUUCCAUACUGAGGAGAUGUUGAAGCACAAGCUCGUAGACUUCAUUAUCCAGUUUAUGGAAGAAGUAGACAAGGAAAUCUCGGAGAUGAAGUUGUUUUUGAAUGCUCGAGCAAGAUUCGUAGCUGAAUCCUUCUUAACACCUUUCGACUGAGCAAGAUGUAUGGGUGAAGCCUUGAGUUUACGCCUACUGAUAUCGAAGAUAUGACAAGGCAUGAAUAGACCAUCCAACUGGAGCUUGUAAAGAUGCAAGGGUUGGCAUACCAAGACAUUAACUAGUGACGCCACACAGAUAAAGAGCGACACCUUGGCAGCACAGAUUAUCUAGACACAUGAAAUGACAUCAAUGAUUACUAUUUACUACUCCCAGCACGUCGAUUCAUUCAUUCUAAGUCUAGCUACCUCAAAUUUCCCAUUGAAUGUCGAAGUGCUAUCCAUAGUUUACCAACCCAGUCGCCCACCCAUAUAAACGGUCUCAAAAUCUCAAUGACAACUACGAUAGUCUACCUACUAGUAAUCAGGUCCUUUAUCCACCAAGAUUUCACCCACGUUUUAUAAUUUGC